AUGCAGAAAAUCCCUUAUGAAUCUGCAUUAGGGAGUUUGAUGUAUGCACAAGUUUGUACUCGACCAGAUUUAGCAUACAUUGUCGGAAUGUUGGGCAGAUAUCUGAGUAACCCUGGUAUGGAUCAUUGGAUAGUAGUCAAGCGGGUUAUGCGGUAUUUAAAAAGAACUAAAGACUUCAUGCUCACAUAUAAGAAAUCAGACCAACUGGAGAUCGUUGGAUAUUCAGACUCGGAUUUUACUGGAUGCCAAGACAGUCGAAGAUCCACUUCAAGUUAUAUCUUCAUGCUUGCUGGAGGAGCAAUCUCAUGGAAGAGUGUUAAACAAACACUCAUAGCUUCCUCUACUAUGACCGCUGAAUUUAUAGCAUGUCAUGAGGCAUCUAAUCAUGGAAUGUGGUUGCCGAAUUUUGUCCCUAGACUGAAAAUUGUGGAAGGAAUUGAAAGACCAUUAAAGUUAUUUUGUGACAACAAAUAA